UGUAUUCGUCAGUUGAUAUCCAAUGUCAAGCAAGUGGUUACUUUGUUACGAGACUAUUUGAGUUUAUUUUCGGCAAUACGUUGAACUCCAGCAACGAACUCGUGCUAAUAAAUCAAAAUGGGUGACAAUUCGACAGCGCACUUAACAAACCUCAGCUCGCMAGACGUCUGUCGUUUCUUAGAACCUUCGACAGUAAAUACUGCCAGCAAAAUACUAUCGUACACUUUGAUAAUGGUCGUUGGACUUGUCRGUAAUGUGGUUUUGUGUAUGGUGGUAUACAAAAACAAGAAUCUAAGAAAACCUAUCGACUACUUGAUUGUGAAUAUCGCUGUAUCAGACCUCGCAAUUCCAAUUCUCGCAAUACCUAGGAAUAUCUCUGCACUUAUGACGGGGUCCGACGUAUGGGGAGUUUCGGGAGCGUUUGGAGAUUUCCUCUGCAAGUUUGUCUUCUUCUUAUGUGAUAUUUGCCCAGUUGUGUCGAUUAUAUCACUUGUUUUUCUCACUACAUCACGGUUUGUAGCCGUCGUUUUCCCAUUUCAAGCCUCAACAGCUUCGAGUAAACUCAAGCCAAGGUAUUUCAUAGCUUCGACAUGGAUUAUAGCCGUUUUAUUUUUCUCUCCUUACUUCUACAUCUUACAUCUUGAUCAAGAUCGUCGAUGUACACUCAAGUGGGGACCAUAUUUAGAUGAUGUUGCCGCAAGUAAGGUUUUCAAUACGAUAAUCAUAACGAUUUUUUUACUAAUUCCUUUUGUGCUGACUGCUAUAAUGUAUGCGGUCAUAUUACGCAAGCUCAAAAAACGCUCRAAAAGAAUUCCAAACCAAAACGAGAACGCGAGAAAAAAGCGUGAAAAAUCUACACGUAACAUGACGWUGCUCUCGUUUUUCAUUGUCCUGGCGUUCGGCUUGUGUUGGGGACCUUAUUUUUCACUUUUAAUUCUUGAGGAUUUCUUUCCAUAUUUGAGAGAAUCUUUAACACAAUGUCAGUGGAUAACAUUCCUUUUUGUGGCACAAUACCUGGCUUAUUCUAACACCGCAGUCAAUCCCCUGCUUUGCUUGGUAUUCAUUAAAAAUUACAGACAAGGAUUAAGAAAACUCCCAUUUUACUCGUACAGAAAUCUUGAAGAGCGAUACUUAAAUCCGUCUAAAGCUUUGCAUUGUACUCGUGAAAAACUUAUGCCACGACCCACGAUGUAUUGCACAUCGGUUUAAGAUUAAUUAAAAGUAGUCUCUAGUAUUCAUUUGGUGAGCAGACAAGAAAUGAUAUAAUUCAAUAACGUAAGAUAUUUGUAGGGAAAAUUUCGC